AAUAAUGGGUGGGCUGUUCCUCUGCACGGGACAAAUGAUACCUCUGCGAUAAAUCCCUCCCGCAGCCGCGCUGUGCGUCGCGAGUUUAGUCUGGCUUGGCAACAGACCCCACCACGUUCUACGACCAUUAUUAACGGAGGGAGAGAGGUAGACGAGAGCUAAAGAAAGAUAAGGAGCCCUACACGACCGACUGGGAAUGCUUGACCAUGCAUGUUGAGUGUGCGCGAGACAGAACGACGUUAAAUGCUCGAACGUUGCGACUGCUGAAGGUGUGGAGUUGCAUUAACGAUUUUAGUAGGCCUACGGAUUUUGACCACAAAGGCACUUCGUUUGUUUCAUGCGUUUCCAAGCGAUGGUAGUAGACUGUCGGGGUGGUGUUGGUGGAAGCUGUCCCCGCGUUUACGGCACAGGUUGAGAAUGCAAGUCUGGAUGUAGCUGAUUGGAGUAACAGAGUUGGUGAUCAGAGUGUGGAGAGGGAGGAGGGGAGAUUCUGAAGUGGGUUUUCUAUGUGUGACUCUCCAGCGGCCAUGUUAACCAAGAAACCCUGCGCUGCUGUCUACCCAACUGGCAAGGGGGGUGAAGUGGUUUGCCAGGUACAGUCUUCCCCCGGAAUCGGAAUUGGGGGUCUAAGGGCCGGAGCAGGGACCGACCCGACAUCACCCGUCACAUUACCACCCCUCAGGAACACCAACUCACUAACGGCCGGAGGCAAUAAGCACACAAUGAACGAGCACCUGCACACUGGGAGCCACCCGCAGAUCCACGUCCAGCAGCUCUUCGAGGAGAACAGCAACAAACGGACAGUGCUGACCACUCAGCCCAACGGCCUGACGCCCGUGGGCCGCGCGGGCAUCCCGCUGCCCGAGAGACCGCCGGAGAGCGGGCACUGCCGGCAGGGAAGCUCCGCCUCGCUCAAGUCCUCCGACGGCAAGCCCCGCCCCUUCCCCAUGACGCCCGAGCAGGCCAUGAAGCAGUACAUGGCCAAGCUGACGGCGUUCGAGCACCACGAGAUCUUCAACUACCCGGAGGUCUACUUCGCGGGCCCCAACGCCAAGAAGCGGCCCGGCGUGCUGGGCGGCUCCAACAACGGCGGCUACGACGACGACCAGGGCUCCUACAUCCACGUGCCGCACGACCACAUCGCCUACCGCUACGAGGUGCUGAAGGUCAUCGGCAAGGGCAGCUUCGGCCAGGUGGUGAAGGCCUACGACCACAAGACGCACCAGCACGUGGCGCUGAAGAUGGUGCGCAACGAGAAGCGCUUCCACCGGCAGGCGGCCGAGGAGAUCCGCAUCCUGGAGCACCUGCGCAAGCAGGACAAGGACGCCGCCAUGAACGUCAUCCACAUGCUGGAGAACUUCACAUUCCGCAACCACAUCUGCAUGACCUUCGAGCUGCUCAGCAUGAACCUGUACGAGCUCAUCAAGAAGAACAAGUUCCAGGGCUUCAGCCUGCCGCUGGUGCGCAAGUUCGCCCACUCCAUCCUGCAGUGCCUGGAGUCGCUGCACAAGAGCCGCAUCAUCCACUGCGACCUGAAGCCCGAGAACAUCCUGCUCAAGCAGCAGGGCCGCAGCGGCAUCAAGGUCAUCGACUUCGGCUCCAGCUGCUACGAGCACCAGCGCGUCUACACCUACAUCCAGUCCCGCUUCUACCGCGCGCCCGAGGUCAUCCUGGGCGCCCGCUACGGCAUGCCCAUCGACAUGUGGAGCCUGGGCUGCAUCCUGGCGGAGCUGCUGACCGGGUACCCGCUCCUCCCGGGCGAGGACGAGGGGGACCAGCUGGCGUGCGUCAUCGAGCUGCUGGGCAUGCCGUCGCAGAAGCUGCUGGACGCGUCCAAGAGAGCCAAAAACUUUGUCAGCUCCAAGGGCUACCCCCGGUACUGCACCGUCACCACCCUGCCGGACGGGUCCACGGCGCUCACGGGGGGGCGCUCGCGCCGGGGCAAGCUCCGGGGCCCGCCGGGGAGCAAGGAGUGGGUGACGGCCCUCAAGGGCUGCGACGACCCCCUCUUCCUGGACUUCCUCAAGCAGUGUCUGGAGUGGGACCCGGCCCUGCGCAUGACCCCCAGCCAGGCCCUCCGCCACCCCUGGCUCCGGAGGCGGCUGCCCAAGCCCCCGGCCGGGGAGAAGACCUCCGUCAAGCGCCUCACGGAGGGCUCUGGUGCUAUCACGUCCAUUUCCAAAUUACCUCCGACGGGCUCGGCCGCCAAGCUGAGGACUAACUUGGCGCAGAUGACGGACGCCAAUGGGAAUAUCCAACAGAGGACAGUGUUGCCAAAAUUAGUCAGCUGAACCCGGAUGUGUGUCCUGUCCCGUAAUUUAUUGUUUUUAGAAGGCUGAAUGAAAUAAUAGGUUCAUUGACCCCCCCCCCCCCCCCAUACCUGAACAUUACUGAAGUUACAAGUGUGAAGGAUUUUGUUUUUUUCUGUAAUACAUAAUCACUACAUGAUUUUUGGCUUUGUAGCACCUUUGACAAUAUUUAAAAACAAAUUUUUUUUUUAGAAAUGGCAGAAUAAGGGAACUAUGCUUUUAGGUUUUCCAGCUGUAUGCAAUUUUGCGGGUCACCAACAUUCAUGCAGUUUGGCGCAACGCAUUAUGAAGCCCGUGCAGAAUUAAGACCACACGUCGGUGAAAAGCAUAAAAUGGAGUGGCUGGCCACAACGGAAUGAGCUUGGUGUCCACUGCUUAAUGGAAUUGAGGGGUUUUUAUCUUUGCAUAUCCUGUGAGUGAUAUCAUGUCAAUGAGGUUGAAAAUGGAUUUUAAACAGCGUUUAUUUUAGGGCUUGGUGCAAACCGUUGCAUAUUCAUAGCUGCCUGUUGUGGAAGAUUCUAGUGCCUCGUUGACAUCGGUUGCAAGACGGCGUCGUUUAGCGUGUGGAAGAGAAUCUUGACAAUUCGGGGGAAAGAAACAGGGGAGGGUAAGGACAAAAUAAGAAAGAAAAAGGCUGGGCUGGCAUCAGAAGUUAUCAAUAGAAGGAAAAAGAGAAACAUGCAAAAAAAAAAAAAGUAUGUUUACAUAACAGACAAGGUAUGUGCCUAAAAUUCUCUUCACAUUCCUUAUAGAAAGAAAGGGAAAGGGAGAGGACAAGCUUACCCUAUCUCUACGGGUCACUGUCUGUGACAUUGAGGAUGGAAUCAUGGUGUUAUUGAGUAGAGGAACAGAGCAGAUAUUUAUAUAUAGUAUUUAUACAUACAAUUUUGUAGUGACCUUUUCCUGAUUGCCGUUUAUUUGCAGGGCUGUUUUAGACACAAAUCUGCUCUGUCAGAAGGAAAAUAAAUACUUUGGUGCUUUUUACCUUUUUUGUAAAGGUAUUUAUAUUCUUUUUUAGAAGUAUGGAACAGAAUAGUUUUGAAUACUGCUCCUGUUUUUUUUUAGUGGCUUACAAGCAAAUGCAACAUAUCUACGUAUAUUUCAAGCAUCCUGGAGUUGGAUCCUGUGAUGCAAGGAUAUUCUGCUUUGAGAUGGUUGAAGUAAAUGUUAUGCUGAGGUGUGAUGGACAGUACAGCUGGAGACUGCAUACAACUGCAUAAAACUUGAAUUUGAAUCUGUUUUCGCCAUGUUCGCAUCCCAGAAAUGGAUGGAAUGGGUGGAAGUAAUACAGUGGAAACACGGCCCGAUUUCUCUGUCCCCUUGAUUCUGAAUGUAACACUGCUAAAUUAUUUCACCAGUUGACUGUAGCAUAAGUCGGAUAUCUUGCAUUUAACGUUGUAUAUAUAGCAAUAUACAAGUGGGCUUGUAAGCAUUUUGGCAAGUUAAGACACUUAACUUAACUUAAGAGCAUGUUCCCUUGGAAGGCCAAAAGAUUGUUUCAGGUAUUGUAUAUGAAAAUGCUACUUUGACACCCCAAAAUUCUUUUACACAUCUUUUUUUUUUUUUAACCCAGAACCUGUAUAAAAGAAUGACUUGGUCAAUGCAUUGUAUCCUGUACAGUAGUUCAGUGAAGAAACAGAUCGAGGAGCACCUGUGCUUUUCCUCUAAAGCACCCACUGGAGUUUUUUGUAGCAUUUUGACACCUUUUUAGAAAAAAAUUAUAAUCCGAAUUGUUUUUAAAGCUUUGUAGAAAAUGUAUUAAUUUAUUUCCUACGAAUGAUUC